GUUCUAGUUCAGACCAUAAUCUAUCAUCCUAAAGUUUCUUCCUUGCCUUUUUUCUCUAUCGCUUCAUAUGGCUAAAAUUAUCUCCAUGACGGGCGGUCGCUUAUCGGCUCCUACCGUUUGUCUUCUGGGACUUCUGAUAGCCAACCUUUGCAUGUCAGGUGUGCAAUCUAUAGGAGUUUGCUAUGGGAUGCUCGGGAACAACCUACCGCCCGCAUCAGAAGUCGUCGUCCUCUACAAGUCUCACGGCAUCAAGCAGAUGAGACUCUACGACCCUAAUCAAGCAGCUCUGCAAGCCCUGAGAGGCUCGGGCAUCGAGCUCAUCCUAGGCGUCCCGAACUCAGACCUCCAGGCCCUAGCUUCUAACCCUGCCAACGCGAACUCGUGGGUACAGAGGAACGUGAAGAAUUUCUCGCCAGGCGUCAACUUCCGCUACAUCGCCGUCGGCAACGAGGUGAGCCCCGUCAACGGAGGCACCGCGCAAUACGCCAAAUUCGUCCUCCCUGCAAUGCGGAACAUACAGGCCGCACUCAGAUCGUCUGCCCUGCAAAACCAAAUCAAAGUCUCCACUGCGAUCGACAUGACUCUAAUAGGGAAUUCCUACCCUCCAUCCCAAGGUGCAUUUAGAGGGGACGUGAGGUCCUACUUGGACCCAAUCAUCAGUUUCCUGGUGAGCGUCAACUCUCCAUUGCUAGCCAACGUCUACACUUACUUCAGCUACGUCGGUAACCCCAAGGACAUUAGCUUGCCCUACGCUCUAUUCACUUCGCCGUCGGUUGUUGUCCGAGACGGAUCCCGCGAGUACCAGAACCUGUUCGACGCGAUGCUGGACGCGCUCUACUCCGCGCUGGAGAGGGCUGGUGGGGCCGCCCUGCAGGUGGUGGUCUCAGAGAGCGGGUGGCCAUCCGCGGGCGGGUUUGCGGCGACGGUCGACAACGCGAGGACGUACAACGGGAAUCUGAUCAGGCACGUGAAAGGCGGCACGCCGAAGAGGCCGAACAGGGCGAUAGAGACCUACAUAUUCGCCCUGUUCGAUGAGAACCAGAAGCAGCCGGAGCUAGAGAAGCACUUUGGGCUGUUCUUCCCUAACAAGCAGCCGAAGUACCCACUUAACUUUGCACAGGGAAGGAUCUGGGAUGCGUAUCACAAUGUCCCAACUUCUUUGAAAAGUGACAUGUAAGUAGAUGGGAGCUCCUUGUAUCUCCCUAGAACAUCUGGAAAUAAAGAGAAUCUCUGGUUUGUGUUGUAACUUCAAGAGCUGUGAAAAUUGUUCCUCAUGCUCAUGCUUGGUGGAAUUAAACUGCUCCAAGUAAUAAAAGUAUGGAAAAUUAUCAAAACAGUCAUAAA